GACCCCGGUUGACGAAACGAGCUCUAUAAGAGGCAUUUUCCAAAACUUCCUCGUCGACACACAUGAGUCCGCACCCCAAGUCGGCCAAGAACGUCGGCUUCCGCGACCUCGUCAACGGCGGGGUCUUGCAGUGCCUGGAAGCUGCCACGCUCGGCAUGCCGUUUGAAGUGUGGAAGACGCGCAUGGGAAGCUACCGCACCGAAACAACGUUGCAAGCGUUCGGCAACAUCUACAAGCAAGGCGGCGCGUCUGCGUUUUGGGCAGGGACUGGGGCCAAGAUGGUGGAAUCUGCGUCCAAGGGGGCCAUUCUGCUGUUCUCGAAGGAAGCCAUCUCCGACUCGUUGCUUGCGAGCGGAGUCAGCGAGACCGUCACGGGAUUUGCUGCCGGUGCUGGUGGUGGGGUGUGCCAAGUCGUUGUGAUGGGUCCUUGUACGUUCCUGGUCACUGCCGCUGUCAACGGCGACAAGAGCAUCUCGACCACCCAGCGCAUCAAGAGCGUGUACGCGGCGAAAGGGGUCAAGGGGUUCUACCCCGGCGGGAGUGCGAUUGCCUUCCGCCAAGCGACCAACUGGGCGUCCCGACAAGGGUUCACUGAAAUCGUCCGCGGGCAGUUCAAGGUCAUCUUCCACGGCGACGAACACGCCAAGCUGACCGUGGCCCAAGAAGCCGGCUCAGGUAUCAUCGGCGGGGCGUUGGCGUGCUGGAACCAUCCAUUUGAAGUGGCGCGCAUUCAAAUGCAAACGGCCGCCGAGCGUGGCGAGCCCAAGCAAAGCAUGAUCCAAGUGUUCAAGACUGUGUCCAAGGAGAACGGCAUUGGCGGCCUCUUCAAGGGCAUCAUCCCGCGCAUCGGGCUUGGCAUCUGGCAGACGCUGUUCAUGGUCACGGGGGCCAAGUUGGUCAAGCAAGCAUUGGACGGCAACAAGCACUAGUAGGCCUAGCUCGUUAGAAAAGAAGUAAGAAAUAUACAAACAUGCGCUCAACCUUCGUCUCA